UCAAAUUAAGUUAGACUCUGAGCUUUGAUGCAUCACUCCCUAAAGUUCCUUAAUGGAACCAGAAACAGAAUGAAUCAAACAGCAUUUUUGUCACACAGCACAGUAAAUUAAAGCGAGUCCUUGAGGUGUUGUGCCGCGGACGGCCCUUUAAAGGCGUCUCAGGCAAAUACCAGAACUUGCAACACCAGAAAAUCCGGUACUGCUGCAUCGCAAAGGGUGGAAGAUGCAUUAAGCUACUACCUGUUUGGUGAUUUAGAGCUGAGGCUUCUUUAUAUGUCAGGCCGACCGGAGCUUGUUUCUCUUCACGUUUAAAUCUGUCUUAAACCAAACAAACUGAAAUGAAUGUACUAAUCUGUUUUGUCUUCACUGCUGUUCUGGGACAGUAUGUGUUGCAAGCAAUUUCGACCCAGGGCGGUGAGAGCCUGCCUGAAAAUUUCAUAAGGUUUGACUCAGCCCCUGACACACUGCUGGACGGCUCAUGGGUUCGCGUGGGGUAUCAGUGCUCCAGCACCUGUCAGCUUGCAGUGGAGGUGGCGGUGUCCAUGUUAAGAAAGACAGAGUUGGUGGUGUUCAGGAGGAAAUGGACCAGCAGCUCAUCCCAAGCCUACAGGAUCUGGGACGUGGUCCUGACGUUGCCUCCAUCCAUUUCAUACGGUCACGACUUUUUCAACAGGAAUGUCUUGGAGGCCGAGAACGCGACAGUUCGCGCUUGGUUGGACCUUAAGGACGGCAGAAAAGCCAGCACAUACCACAGUUCUAUUUUGAGGACUUAUAAAGUGUUGCGGGUAACAGCCCUCUCGGAGCGUCCAAACAAACUUCCCACUGAGUGCCCUUCAUGGGCUGCUCAGCUGACGUGGAGGAUGAUGAGAAGCAGGAUCCUUCAGUGUCUGCACGAGUCAGACGUAGCCGAUAUGAUCGCGUUCCCUCUGGCGAGCACUGGUGAGCGCUUUGGAGUCGUCCGCCUGUUCCAGCCGUUCGUCGCCGGAGCCUUGGAGAGCGCUCGGCUUCACGCUGUGACGCAGCCCAGCGCCGCCUUAUCCGUGUGGAUCUACCUGCUGAAUUGGUGCCACAAGAAGUACUGUGGGAUCAUCCAUCAUGUUGAUAGGAACAUGCUAUACAGCUCGGUUCUGAUGCAGCUUACAGACACAGGUAAUGUCGUAAUUCAGGCACGUGUGACAACGGGAGAAGAUGAAGCUUUCCGGGCCAGUGUGGUGUUGCCUCUGUGGAAAUGGAUCAGAUUAGAUUGUUACAUUCAGAACUCACAGGUGGUUCUGAAUGCAACAUGGAGCGAUAAAACCCGCACAUAUGUUUACGUAUUUCAGAACAAUAUCCAUUAUGAUGACACUGAUGGAUACUUCGGGAUUGGAGGAAACAAAUACCUGUCAGGCAUUCACGCAUAUUUUGGGCCGAUCAAAUACUACCGUCUGGGAACUGAGGAGAUCAAAAAUGAACUUCAACCCAAGGCAACAUUAGAAGAGCUAGACAGAACUCAUCAAGAGUGUCAGGAGAUAAAAGCCCUGACACAAACCUUUCUGCAACAAGUAACUGAGAGUCACUCUCCGUCACCAAUCAACAAAGGUGUUUGCACCCCACGCAUCAUGAGCCCGUGGGGUCAGCUUGAAGAGGAGACCUGCACACAAACAUGGAGCUGGGAAACGCAACUUAAAUACAAAACGCUUUUCCAGUUCUUGAAAACAAAAGAGGAGGGAAUAAGAACAGGAUCUGUGGCCGUGAAGCACUUUGGAACUGCUUUGUUUCAGGAGGCAGUGGCCACAAUGUUCUCUCUUGACCAGAUUACGAUCACGUCCAAAUCAACUGCUCUCCUUCAACUGGCCUCCUGCUUUGGAAACCACAAAGCGUCUCUCCUGCUUGCCUCCAUCUACUUCUCCAGCAUGGGACACUCAGUAAAUCAACAGCAGGGCCUUGUCUAUAGUUUGAUCGGCGCAUCGGGUGACGACCGUUUUGCCCUGAUGCAUGCUGGGUACAAACACACACAUGGAAUUGAUGGGUUCCCUAAAGACCUGGACAUGGCAUAUGGUUACUAUUCCAAUGCUGCGGCACAAAGCAUGACUGACAGCUCCAGGAUACAUGACCAAAAGCAAAUUACCCCUGAACACAUCUAUCUAAGCAGCCCAGACGAUUUAAGCAGCCUGACGCAUGAGACAAACGAUGACUUCCAGUACCUGAAACUGCUUGCAGAGAGAGGAGACUUAAAAUCUCAGAGGCGCCUGGGAAUGUUCCUUUACUGGGGACAGAGGGGAGUUACAAAAGACGCUGCAGGUGCGGUGAAGUGGUUCGAGAGGAGCGCCAUGCAAAUGAAGGACCCCACGGCGACGUAUGACUACGCCAUCCUGGUGCUGAAGGGCCUGGGAGUGAAAAGAAACCACACCCGAGGUUUUCAGCUGCUGAAGAAAGCUGCCGAAAUGGGCUCAAUUAACGCCUUGAAUGGCUUGGGCUGGUACCACGGGGAGAUACUGAACAACCACGCAAAGGCAGUGAAAUACUUUGAGCAAGCUGCGAUGAAUGGGAGCGAGGAAGCCUUGUUUAACCUGGGAGUUUAUCAUCUUAAUGGGAAAAACCCAGAAAAUCCAUGGACGAACGAGACGGCUGCCUUCCUGCUGUUCCUGAACGCGUCUGACUCGGGUCACGUCACUGCGGCGGUGGAAGCGUCGUGGUACCUGUCGACCGGACGCCUGGAAGGGGUGUCUCAGGACGUGGGCAGGGCAGUAAUCAUGCUAAAAAAGGUCUGCGAGCAGAACGGACACCUUGGAUUUAUGAUCAGAGAGGCUCUCCAGGCCUACCUCAAGGGUUCCUGGCAGGAGGCGCUUGUGAAGUAUGUCAUGGCGGCUGAAACGGGUCUGGGUUCGGCCCAGAGCAACGCCGCUCACCUGUGUGAGGAGCUAAAUCUCAGCCACGACUGUCAGUGGCGAUAUCGUAACUACUCCGUAUUAGGCCCCGAUCCCCAUCCGUCUGCGCUGCUGAAAAUGGGAGACCACUACUACCGCUCCUCCUCCUGCACACAAGAAAACUCAUUAUCCCUGCUUGGUCAGGCUGUAUCAAUGUAUAGCAGGGCGGCUCUAGCAGGAAGCCCUCAGGGAAUGUACAAUCUAGCUGUUUUGGUGCAACAAGGCUGUGUUCUUCCUCUGAGCGCCCGUGGCUGGUUUAACGUGACGCGUGAUGACGAGCUGGAUGCUGUGGUGGAAAAAAUCCUGAGAAGAUGUGUAGAGUCUGAGAAUGAGAAGACGGUAACACCCUGUUCUUUAGCUCUGCUCAGAGUCCAGAUCGAAAAAGCCUUGAGGAGAAUGACUCAGAACGGUGCUCAGCUCCUCUUGACAUAUGCAUCCGUUCUUUCUAUCUGUGUCGUUGUCGCCGUGGUGACGCUACAGAGCUGUUUCGAACAAAGGGCUCCCAGUCGACGAGGUCGUCAUCGCCAUCAGGCGGGUACGUCACCCGGCAGCCAGGAUGAAGUCAACUCAAACGCAGAGCGAGAUGCCGAUGUGGGAGGCCUCCACAGAGCGGCGGGGAAUCUAUGGCUUAGGCUGCUGAAUGGCGGCCGCUGGCUCGGGCAGACCGGUGAUUUGGCUGUGACACUGGCGGGCGUGUGCCUGUGCGCUUUCUGGACCACACUCCUCUAUCACCUGCUAUGACUUACAAUAGCCGGCACAGUGAUCCAAUAGCCACAGUGGAAGCCCCAGACAGUAGAGACUGAGAGGACGUACAUUUAGCGGAUGACUUGCAGCGUUAUUCAUAGGUCACGCUUGUGUUUGGGAGGCAGGUGACUCAUUUUAAUACAGAAAGGCGAAAAAGUGCUGAUCAUGAUGUGAGUGUGCUGUUUUAUCAGUGUUGAUGGGGUUUCCUUGGUGACCAAGCGUUAAGUAGUUUGGUUGCAGGAGAUAAAGUACUGUUGUAAUUAAUGCUGAAUCCGACCUGCAGUGGAUGAGUUGGGAAUGUGGUAGCAAAGUUUCUGUUACAGCUCACGAUGGCGCCAGUAAAAAUAUUAUAAAAGUCAA